CUUACACAUCCCUCAGGAUUCAAAUGAAGGAGAACAUGGGACAUGCAAUGCAUGUAUGACCAAAGUCACCAAACCCUGUCCGUGACAUGCAGUUGCUCCAUCCCCUUGGGACAGACCAACAUUUAUAAUCUAAAAGGGAGACUUCAGGGCACAAAAGGACAGAGGAGGAAAACACUCCUGGAGGAGGAAAACACCCGUGGAGGAGGAAAACAUCUCUGGAGGAAGAAAACAUCUCUGCCUGCUCAGGAUCAGCCAGCGGACUGUGUCUCUGCCCCUCUCCUGAAGGGACACCUUUAGGGGGAACAGCUUAAAAUCAGAAGACUGAAGGGGAGGACUGUAAAUCACUCAAGUGACCUUGCAACUGGGAAUAACCCUUGAUAAACCAGUGUGAACAGCAUGGACCAAGUGUAACAGUGCCUGCAUCUCCACUUCUAUGCCUCUGCCUGGGCAUUGCUUCAGGGAUCCUUGAUUAGUGAGGUAACAGAAAUAAAUUAACUCUUUGCAUUCUAGCCCUGACUUUGUGGUUAUCCCCACUGUCUGCUGUGCCCACUCCCACAUUUGACACAGUUGGCAGAAUCUGGAGACAACCAUGUCGUGGCUAGCGAGAAGGUCCAGAAAGCCAAAAAAGCUGAGAAAAUUGAAAAAAUCAGGGGCUGGAGAGGCUGUGGUGGUAAAUCCCCACAUCCCAGGAUGGCCCAGCACUGAGCGCUGGACCCCAGUGGCCACUUUCCUUGCCACGAUGGCUAGUCCAGAGACGUGGCCCGAAAUAGAUGACGGGGUGGUGGUGAACCCGCACAGGGUGGAGAUCGCCAUGCGCGGGCUGCCCUGGAAAGGGGCGUCCAAGUCCUCCCGCAAGCUGGCAGGGAGGCUGGGCUGGCUGCUGGCCACAGGGCUGAGAGCUCUGGACAGGGAGGUCAUCGCCCUGCAGAGCAAGGUGAGCGAGCUGGAGCUGGUCACCUACGCCCGAGCUCGCGACUGCGAGGCCAUAGCGCUGCAGAGCAAGGUGAGGGAGCUGGAGCUGGUCACCUACGCCAGGGCCCUGGAGAGGGAGGUGACAGCGCUGCUGGGCAAAGUCAGAGAGCUGGAAAGGGAAGUUGUGACCCUGCGGGCUGCAAAGAUUGCACAUGAAGUGACCACCGCUCAAGCAGACCAGUGCUACGAGCAGCAAUGCACUAUACAGCAGCUGGUGUCACCCAGGCAUAAAUACGUGGAAAAUAAAGUGUUGAUCUCUCAAGUUCGUGCUCCAGCUAUGAAAUCUUCACGGGAUCCCAAGGAAUUGGAUGGAAAUCUUCGGGGUGAGUACUCAGACUUUGAGAUUGAGAUUUAGCCAGAUUUAGCAGAUAGUGUGGUGGCAUAGAUCACACACAAUUACACUCUGAAAGAGUUCCAAUCAUGCCCCACUAGACAAGGAAAUUCUUUUGAAUUAGAAAUAAUAAUUUUAGAUUUUGUAGUCUCAUGGGGAUUGUGGUUGAUGGCUGGACCAAAAAACAAAACAAAACAAAACAAAACAAACAAGCAAAAAAACCCCACAACCUAUAGAAUUUUGGUCCAAGUUAUUCCAAGGUACCACUAUACUUUAUACCCUGAUGGGAAAAUGAAUUAAAAAUGUACCUUGGGGACUGCAAGAAACUAAAGAAUUACAAGCCAAAAUAGCAUGACUGUACACUUUCAGUACAAAACACAGUGAGGACCAAAAAUCUUUAAGAUGAUGUCUUUUGUCUUUCCCAAAAUAUCACUCACAGAGGAAAUGGAAUUGUUUAUACCAAUGGAUUGUGCAAGCUCUUAAUCUAGAUGUGAUCAUUCAUAUAAGAACUUCUGACAAUGUCGUAUAGUUGCCUCUAUCUUCUUCCUUUUAUUCUAUAUCCUCUGUUAAUACCACAUUCUCAAGUGCUUGUAUUACAUGUAUCUUUGAUGAUUUCCUGUGACUUAUCUGGGGGGGGAUGCACUAGAAUUAUGUUAUUGGUGUCACAAACACAACAUCCAGUCAAAGUUCAAUCUGAAAUAGCACAAGCCACACCUCUCCAGUCUGUGUGGUCAAUUACCCCAUCUCCAGUUACCAAGCCUGGAGCAAUAUUAGAUGAAGGAGCUGGAGCAACCACAUGUGUAUCACUGGACAGAGAUGACACUCCAGUUUUCCUUCACAGGCUGGCUGGUUGGGCUUUUUAGGCUUGUACUAUAAGCAUAUAUGUUGGAUACAAUUCUGCACAAUCAGUAUGUAAAUACUUGUGUGUGGUUGUUAUUUUUUUACUGUAACUAACUUGUCAUUAUUCUUUCUGGGAAGUAUCUGUAGAGCAGGUGACGUGUGUCCUCGUGUGAGCUUUAACUUGGAUAUCCAAGGCAGCUGUUCCCUCAUAUUUGGGAGUAACUGCUGCACGCUGUGGAACCUUGCAGCGUUGGUUACUGGAGAACUAUAUCCCCCUCCAGCAUCACAAACUCUGUUCCAACUUUGAAGCGUGCGCUGCUUUUCCCUGGCUGCAGUUGGCGUGGAGGAUAUCAUUCAGUAUCUCAAGGACUACAAAUCACAACCUACUGGUGAUGCCUGACAGGAAGGGUGGGACACUUGACUCAGAGCAUUAUAUGCUUAUUUGUUUAUUCCUUUUCCCCCAUGCUUAAGUGCCUCUGUAAAUCCCCCAUCCGACAUUUCCAGCCCUAGCAGCAGUGGUCUCUUGAGCAGGGGGGUGGAAAGUGGGGAGGAAUGGGUUAAAAAGCGGAAGACUGGCGAGGAGGGCUGUAAAUGGCUCAAGUGACCUUGCAGCUGGGAAUAACCCUUGAGAAGCCAGUGUGAGCAGCAGCCAGUGAUCCCCUGGCAUGGACAGAGUUUAACAGUGCCUGUGUCUCCUCUGGUGUGCUUCUGCUUUGAGGAUUCCCUGGGCA